AAAAAAAUAAAGAAAGCGUGUUUCUUAAAAGUUCCCUAUUUAAACCUAGACUUAAUAUCACCGUGUAAUGGACGGAGUUCUGGUUUAAACCGUAUAACAGAAAGCAGCGUUUCGGGUAAAAGGUUGAACAACUACUGUUUUGGACUCACGGUGAGCUUCCACAAAUAACAGAAUACAUUACAACUUUCAAUCGUUCUAACCACCGCCAUGGGCAGACAGAAAGGAGAAUCCGGCAGGACCAAGUCCCGUCCUUCAAGCAGCAGUCUUGCCGCGUCGCUGUUGCCAUCGGGUUCUGCUGCCGCUGUCGGAUUUGGCGGCUAUGUUGGUAGCUCUCGUCUCGAUACUACCGAAGAAUCAACCUCCUUUUUGGAUAUAGAUAGUGAAGUGGCACUGCACUUGAAAAGACUGGCCCGGAAGGAUCCUACUACCAAGCUUAAAGCUCUGCAAUCUCUGUCUCUCCUGUUCAAGAAAAAGUCUGGAAAGGACUUGGUGCUAAUUGUUCCACAAUGGGCAUUUGAGUACAAGAAGCUGUUGUUGGAUUACAAUAGAGAAGUCCGGCGAGCCACUCAUGAAACCAUGAACAGCCUUGUUGUUGCCGUAGGAAGAGAUUUAGCUCCACAUUUGAAGUCAUUGAUGGGACCAUGGUGGUUUUCUCAAUUUGAUCCUGUUUCUGAAGUCUCUCUGGCUGCAAAGUGCUCACUACAGGCAGCCUUUCCAGCACAAGAAAAAAGAUUAGAUGCUUUAAUUUUAUGCACAACUGAAGUAUUUAUGUAUUUGGAGGAAAACUUGAAGCUCACACCGCAAAGCAUGUCAGAUAAAGCAAUUGCUUUAGAUGAAUUGGAGGACAUGCACCAGCAGGUGAUAUCUUCAUCGUUAUUGGCAUUGGCCACCCUUCUUGAUGUUUUGGUUUGUGUGCAAUCUGAACGACCUGGUUUUGAAAAUGUAGCUGCCGAAUUAAAAUAUGCUUCAAAGGCUAGAGCGACUGCUAUCUCUUUUGCUGAAAAAUUAUUAUCUGCACACAAAUAUUUUUUGGACUUUAUGAAGUCCCAUAGCCCUGUAAUCCGGUCAGCUACAUAUUCAGCAUUAAAGAGUUUUAUGAAAAAUAUUCCUCAUGCUUUUAAUGAAGGAAAUAUGAAAGUUCUUGCUGCUGCAAUACUUGGUGCUUUUCAGGAAAAGGAUCCUACUUGUCACUCGUCAAUGUGGGAUGCAUUUUUGCUAUUUUCUAAAAGGUUCCCUGAAAGUUGGACUUUGGUAAAUAUACAGAAAAUUGUGUUAAACCGCUUUUGGCAUUUUCUUAGGAAUGGAUGCUUUGGAUCUCAGCAGGUCUCUUAUCCAGCUCUGGUUCUAUUUUUGGGCACUGUGCCUCCCAAAUUAAUAGCGGGAGAGAAGUUUUUUCUUGAUUUUUUCCAUAAUCUAUGGGAUGGAAGGACCUCAUCCCAUUCAACAAUUGCUGAUGUUCUAAAAUUUUUCAGUGCAUUUAAAGAAUGUUUCCUUUGGGGAUUGCAGAAUGCUUCAAGAUACUGUGAAAAUCCUGAUUCUGUACAUCAAUUUAGAGUUACUAUUGUUAGCAAUAUCCUGAUAAAGCUUCUGUGGCAAGAAUACCUAUUUUUUGCUGGCUCAAAUAAUCAGAAUGAAGCACCCAUAGGAACAUCUGAAGAUCCUCCUAAGCAUGCUGGUGCAAUUUCCCUCCAGAAGAUAGUGGAGUCGCGAAAUAUCAAAUAUCCUAUGAGUUAUUGUCAAGAAUUGGGAAAAUGUAUUGUAGAAAUUCUUUCCGGCAUUUAUUUGAUGGAGCAUGAUCUACUCUCUCCUUUUUGUGUGGCAAUUCAAGAGAAUUGCUUUGAGAUAUUUCUGCAAAAUGAGAACAUAGGAAGAAAUACUGAAACUGUGGAACAAGUCAUUAAAUUUUUCUCAUUACUGGGACAACAUUCAGUGCAGAAAGGUGAAACUUGGCCCUUGGUUUGCUUAGUGGGACCAUUGUUGGCGAAGUCUUUCCCAUUGAUAAGAUCUAUUGACACAACAGAUGGUUUGAGACUUCUGUCAGUUGCAGUUUCUUUAUUUGGACCGCGCAAGAUAGUCCGGGAACUUUUUUUGGGCAAUGAAGGAAGCCAGUGCUCCUCUUCCCUUUAUGAUGAUAGGGACAAAGAAUUAGAGCCAGAGUAUUUUAUGCAAGUCUUCAGAGAAACAUUUAUCCUGUGGUGUUUGGCUGGAUGUAAUUCCUCUAGUAGUGCUCGACUUGAUCUUUUGCUUGCAUUACUGAAUGAUGAAUCUUUUCCUGAACAGUGGAGUGCAGUUAUUUCUUAUGCAAUUAGUCAAGGUGGUACUAGAACUGAGCCUGUGUCCCUAGAAUCAAACUACUUACCUCUGUUGGCAAUGUUAUUAGAGAAAGCAAGAGUUGAAAUUGCAAAGAGAAAAGUGAGAGACGAUUCGCAUCAUCCGCACUGGUUGAACCUAGGCGACUGGCAUCAUGAGCUUCUUGAAUCAGCUGUAGUUGCUGUAGCCCGUUCCUGUUUUACCUAUAGAGCUUCAGCUGCUCAGUUUGUGUGUGCUGUUCUUGGUGGCUCAGUAGGAGGCAAUCAAAUCUCCUUUGUAUCCAGAAAUUCAUUAAUCUUGGUAUAUAAAGAGGUUUCCAAAAGGUUGCUUGCUUUGAUUUGCGAGUCCCCUUUCAGUUCAAUUAGGGAUUUUGGCAUUCUUUUAACUCCCGGAGCUAAUAAUUUUGGGGUGGAUGAUAAAAACUCUAUGGAUGUGAUUAAGAUAGCUCAGUUUGCAUUAGAUAUACUUGUGGGUAGUUUGUAUUGCUUAAAAACACUUAGUGAGGAAGUUGAGCUAGUAUCAGGUAUUUUGGCUUCAGUGUUUAUCAUUAACUGGGAACAAAGCAUUGAAGCAACAAUGGAUGAUGCACUUGAUGAUGACUCAAAGAAGAAAGAUAAGGGCUGGUCAGAGUUUAAUGAAUCUUUGCAUGGUUUUUACAAUAAGAUAAGUGAUGAAUUUUGGAAAGGCCUCAGCAUCAGCAUUUUGAAGAGAUUGGGGAGUGUCUUAGUUCAGUUUAUUAGGUCUAUCAUUUUCAAGGAAGGAAACCUUAAUGAAAAUAGAAUCACUUCUUUGUGCUGUGAAUGGAUGCUUGAAGUUCUUGCAUGUCUCUGCCAUAACCAAGACGAGGAACAAAAUCUAUUAAACCAGCUCUUCAGGAAGGAUGAUACUUGGCCAUCAUGGAUUACUCCAGACUUUGGUGCACCUGUGCAGGCAGCUUCUUUAAAUGCUGUCGAUGUCUACAUUGAUAUCCAUGCAUCUGGGACUCAGAAAUUUGUUUCUUUCAUUGAGAAGCUUAUGUUCAAGAUAGGGAUCAGUAGAGUUUUUGUUGGUCAUGUGGAUCAGAUGCUUACCUCUUCUCUGAAUGAAACAGCAAAUGAAGAGCACACUGCUCGAGCCUGGCUUGCUGCUGAAAUAUUAUGCGUGUGGAAAUGGCCAGGAGGAAGUCCUACAGCUUCUUUCUUGCCCCUUCUGAGUGCAUCUGCAAAGAAUUGGAAUUAUUUUGUCCAUGAAAGUUUGUUUGAUUCUAUCUUCAACAUCUUACUUGAUGGUGCUCUUGUUCAUGCAGAAGGUCAGGCAGACUUCUCAUUCAAUUCAUGGCCUGCUGUAGGUGAUGAAUUAAACAAAAUUGAAGAACCAUUUCUGAGAGCUCUUUUGUCAUUGCUUAUCACUCUCUUCAAAGAUGAUAUAUGGAGAGGAGACAAAGCUAAAAGAGUUUUUGAGUUGCUUGUAAAUAAACUUUUUAUAGAUGAAGCAAUAAACCAAAAUUGUUUGAAGAUUCUUCCUCCAAUUGUCGGUGUUCUUAUGCAACCAUUAUGUUGGAGAAGUGUUAUACCUAGCGAACCUAGUGGGGAUAUACUUCAUAAUUCAGAGGAAAAUUGGAUGCAGGAUACUGUUAGAGAUUGGCUCCAAAGGGUUCUGGCAUUCCCACCUUUAGUUGCAUGGCAAGCAGGAGAAGGUAUGGAGGAAUGGUUUCAGCUGGUUAUUGCUUGUUAUCCUUUAAGAGCAAUGGGCAAUACUAAAUCACUGAAGCUAGAGAGAAACAUAAGCCUUGAAGAGAAAACACUCAUAUUUGAUUUAUUCCGGAAGCAGAGACAAAAUCCAAGUCUCUUGGUAGUAGGUAAGCAGUUGCCAGUGGUGAAGAUGUUCCUAUCGAAGCUAAUGGUUAUUUCUGUUGGUUAUUGCUGGAAAGAAUUUGCUGAAGAGGACUGGGACUUUUUUUUCUUGCAAUUAAGGUCUUGGAUUCAGUCCGCAGUUGUAAUAUUGGAGGAAGUUACGGAAAAUGUGGAUGAUGCUAUCACUAACAGCACUACAACUGAUAAUUUGGAUGUUCUUAGGAAACUUGAGCAGCUUGUUUCCAUCUCAGACCUUUCUCCUAUAAAUGUUGCUGUUAAUGCUUUAGCAUCUUUUUCAUUGUUUUCUGGGAUCUUUAGCCUCCAACAAGCAGACAUGAAUAGUUUGAAUCCCCUGAUAAUGGAAAGAUGGGAAUUAGCUAGAGAUCGCAUCCUGGAAGGCAUUCUUCGCUUAUUCUUUUGCACUGGCACUGCUGAGGCAAUUGCAAGUUCUUAUUGUCAUGAAGCUGCAUCUAUUGUAGUAAAAUCUCGGCUUCACUCUCCCUAUUUCUGGGAGUUAGUGGCAUCAAUUGUUGUUAACACAUCUACAUAUGCUAGAGAUAGAGCAGUCAAAUCAGUUGAAUUUUGGGGGUUAAGCAAAGGGCCUAUAAGCUCUUUGUAUGCAAUUCUCUUCUCCUCUUUGCCAGUUCCACCAUUACAGUAUGCUGCUUAUGUUAUUCUCACAACUGAACCUGUUUCACAGUUGGCUGUUGUGGUAGAAGAUGCCAGUUUUUCCCUAGAUGGUGAUAAUGAUAUUAGUGGUAACCUGGAUUCAAGCAGGUUUGAAUCAUCAUCAGAAAGGAAUGUCCAUUUGAAGGAGGAAUUAUCUUGCAUGAUUGAGAAGUUACCUUGUGAGGUUCUUGAAAUGGAUUUGAUGGCUCAUCAACGGGUAAACGUCUUCCUUGCUUGGUCUGUGUUGCUAUCUCAUUUAUGGUCAUUGCCAUCACUAUCAGCCACAAGGGAGAGGUUGGUCCAGUAUGUACAAGAAUCGGCUAAUUCAGUGAUACUAGACUGCCUCUUCCAGCAUAUUCCUUUGGAGUUAUACAUGGCUCAAAGUUUGAAAAAGAAGGAUGCAGAUCUUCCUGUUGAUGCUUCGGAGGCUGCAACUGCAGCAACAUCUGCCAUCAGGACAGGUUCAUUAUUGUUGCCUGUGGAGUCACUAUGGCCUGUUGCACCUGAAAAAAUGGCUUCACUUUCUGGAGCAAUAUUUGGAUUGAUGCUUCGUGUUCUCCCUGCAUAUGUUCGAGGAUGGUUUACUGAUUUACGCGAUCGUUCAACAUCAUCUCUAAUUGAAACAUUUACAAGGACUUGGUGCAGUCCUCCUCUAAUUGUGAAUGAGCUGUACCGGAUAAAGACUGCCAAUUUUGCUGAUGAGAAUUUUUCAGUUAGUGUAAGCAAAUCGGCGAACGAGGUAGUUGCUACAUAUACGAAGGAUGAGACUGGAAUGGAUCUAGUUAUUCGUCUUCCUGCAUCUUACCCUCUGCGUCCUGUAGAUGUUGAUUGUAUGAGAAGUCUCGGCAUUAGCGAAGUCAAGCAACGAAAAUGGUUGAUGUCGAUGAUGUUGUUUGUUCGUAAUCAGAAUGGAGCUCUAGCUGAAGCAAUACGAAUAUGGAAAAGCAACUUUGAUAAGGAAUUUGAAGGUGUCGAAGAGUGCCCUAUAUGUUACAGUGUCAUCCACACUACCAAUCACAGUCUUCCUCGCCUUGCUUGCAGAACUUGCAAGCACAAGUUUCAUGCUGCUUGCCUGUAUAAGUGGUUCUCAACAUCUCACAAAUCAUCCUGCCCAUUAUGCCAGUCUCCAUUCUGAAUUAUGCACCAGUCGUUGAAUUUUGUGGACACGUCCAUGCUGACAAUAUGAUGAGAUACAGUGAAAAGAAACCAUAAGCUCCUCUGCUUUUCGCUCAUCUCUCAGAUAAUCAGAUACACGGGCCCACACAUCCUCCUUUGGAACUAGUAAGGUUGCAGCAUCAGCAUGUAUCUGAAUAGCAGCCGACUUUCCUACCUUUCCUGGGACCCAGCAAUACGUGCUGGAUGGUAAGAUCUUGAUGCUAUGUGGGCCACUUACAAGUAAUGAACUUUGUUUUGCAGAAUGUUGCACUCCGCUGAGAUCUUAUUCACCUAUUCUAGAUGGCAUUACAUCCUCUCCCCCCUCUCUGCAGCUUUCGUUUCUUUGAUGGAUGAGUGAUAUUAUUGCUUGCAAGGUUUGCAGUCAUGAAAACAGAUGUGUACAUCUUCUUUGUAAAUUAUAAACAGUAGGCAAUGUCACCAGGGCAGAUAUGAGGUCGUCCAUGCAAAAUGAUGAAGCUGCCUUGAAUUUGACCAACAAAUUUCAAGUAGACUUUCUGAACAGAAGAAUCAGCAACAGUGAAUAGGUUUAGUUUUUUUACUAUAAAAAAUCAUCUUCAGAUACUGCUGCCUGAUUUACCUCAAGUGGUUGGUGGAGUGAGUUUGUUCAGAUCAUGAAGCUGAUCGACAUUCAAGGGUAAAGUUGUCGCACCUCAUAUUUAUCCUCUAAAAGACUGACAUCCAUGAAAUAUAUAAUAUUUAAUUAUUAAAUGAGAAA